GGAUACCAUAUUCAAAGCUCUGAUUGGCCGAAGAUGAACUAGACGUCGACAGCAACAUGUCGAGGAAAGAAAUAUCGAGGUCGAAACUUUGAGUUUGUUAUUGUAUUUUUGUAGGCUAGGUUAACCUAAAAUCUAUGUAAAUGCUAUGACUGAUAGUUUUAUUUUGUAAUAAUUAUACUUUCAAUCAACAUAAAACUUUUAAUUACUUUUAAGUUAGUAAAUGUCAUUGAAUAUUUUUGAAUGAAUUUUCAAGAGGAAAUCAAAGUUGAAUCAAAAGCUAACGGGCAUUUAAAAGGUUGAUGAAUCUUCCAACAUGGAACAAGAAGUAGUAUUCAUUAAACUGGAACCUGACAAUUUUGAUGAUUUACAAGAUAGUGACAAUGAUAGUGAAACAGACUUGUAUCAAGAUCCAGAUAGUUUGGACAUGACAGCAGCUGAGGAGCCCGUGGACUCAUCGUUUUCUCCGUUGAGUGCUGAGGAUUUAGUUUCAUGUGUUCUAAAUGGUGAAAUUAGUGACUCCACAUGGACAGUGGAAAAUUCAAAAAGUAAUGAGGAAUUAAUAAACGAAAACUAUGAAACAGUGGAUUUGGUCAUCAAAACAGAAGUCAUCGAUAGUGGAUUUAAUCAAAUUGAAACAGAAGAAAUUGAUGGCUUUGAUGUGACUGAUGAAGAGAAGAUCGUUAAUGAAAUAGUUGAUGGGAGGAAAAUGUGUACACUUUGUAAUAAAUCGUUUGCGACCAAGUUUUACAAACGUCACAUGCGUGCUCAUAAGCGGAAAAAGUUAUUGACGUGUAGUGUAUGUAAUAAUUAUAGUAGUUUGAGUAGUGUCGAAAUGGACGUGCAUAUGCGAAAACACUAUGGGCCUGCUUUUCGCUGCAGUGAAUGUGAGUACAUAUGUGACGAAUCUUUCAAACUCAAACGGCAUAUGGUGAUUCACACAAAGGAGGCUCCAUUCAAGUGUUCUCAGUGUGAGUAUUCUUGUUUUCAAAGUAAUAAACUCCAAUCCCACAUGUUGGUUCAUAGUGAUGAGGGAGUAUUCAAGUGUACAUUUUGUAGCUUUAGUACUGUUGAUCAUGCUAGUUUUCAACGUCAUACGAAAACGCACUCUCAUGAGAAAAAGUUUUGUUGCACUGAAUGUGAAUACAUUUGCUUUAGAAACUCGAAACUAAAGCAGCACAUGUUAACUCAUACUGGUGAAAAACCUUUUAAAUGUUCUGAAUGUGGUCAUGGUGCCACUCAAUUGGUUCAUCUUAAGCGACACAUGUUGACACAUAGCGAGAGAAAAAAUUAUCAGUGUACACUCUGCGAUUAUAGUACGUUCGAUUUUCAACAAUUCAAAGGUCAUAACACGAAAACGCACCAGAUAGGAGCGUUGCAUCAAUGUACAGUGUGCGAUUUCAGCAGUGCGCAGCUGUACAAACUGAAAAGGCAUAUGUUUAUACAUACGGGCGAAAAGCCUUACACAUGUGAACUGUGUCCUUACAGCUCUUCACAGAAGGCGCAUAUUAAGCGUCAUAUCAUGUUAAAACAUUCUGAUGAACGAAAACCUUGAGCUAAUUUUUUUAACUUUCACAAAUAGAGAGCUAUUUUAAUUGUUAAUCAAAUAAAAAGAUUUUAUGAGUGUUGAAAUUAA